UCAGGUAAACGCUCUGAUGCUCUAUCUGUCAUACUCUACAACGUUCGCGCCAAUUUAUCCUACUACCUGUGCGAAAAGGCAACAGUUGCUAAUAAAACACUAAUGCCUGAUCUAGCCUGCUUUAGUUACAAUAGGUUCUUCCAAAUGUCAACAUUUCAAAGAGUCGCAAUUAUUUUCAUAACAAUGUCAUAUUACCACAACGUCCUUGGCGAUAUGAAGAAAAUGUCGAAGAAGUCGCAUGUUGAGGACUUUGAAGGCGUUACUGUAUUAUUUGAGGCUCUUACAACAUCGCCAAACGACGACAACUGGCAAGUGUUUUCCUUUCCAAACAAUGUCAAACACGCUGAUAAUAUACCUCGGAAUUGUACAGUCGUAUAUCUCAAGGAAUGUACGUCCUGGAAUAAAUGCAGGCAAACUUGUUACAAGACGGGAGCAACGAGCUACAGGUGGUUUCAUGACGGCUGUUGUGAAUGUGUUGGUGGUUACUGUGCAAGCUAUGGAAUAAAUGAGAGUCGAUGCAGUCAAUGCCCCGAACCAGGAUGUGAUGACGAUUCAGACGAAGACGAACAUGAAUAACAACAAUCAACUGUACAAAUGUACUGAUAACAAAUUUAUGAAACGUUUUAUCGAUGCUCAGAAAUAGUU